GCGCCGCCUGCCCGAACUACACUUCCCGGCAGGUGGCGGGCGCGCGCACGCGCAUUGUGGGGCCUCCGCCAUGGCGACCGUGCUGUCCAGGGCGCUCAAGCUCCCAGGGAAGAAGAGCCCAGACCUAGGGGAGUAUGACCCCCUCACUCAGGCUGACAGUGACGAGAGUGAAGAUGAUCUCGUGCUCAACUUGCAGCAGAAGAAUGGAGGGGUCAAAAAUGGGAAGAGUCCUCUGGGAGAAGCACCAGAGCCUGACUCAGAUGCAGAGGUUGCAGGGGCCGCAAAGCCACAUCUUUUGGAAGUCACCACAGAGGGGUACCCCUCGGAGCCCCUCGGGGGCCUGGAGCAGAAGGCGGCCUCUUCCAUCGCGUCUUACGUGCGCACAUCUGUCUUCCUGCUCACCUUGAUGGUCUCCAUGAUCCUGGUGCUCGUCUGCGCUUUCCUGAUCCCCUGUCCCCCCAGAGAUCUGCACAGCACCUGGAGCCACCGCUUGGGCCCCCAGGGAGGUGGGGACCUGUCUCCAUUGAAACUGGCUGAUGUGAAUGGAAAUGGCUUGCGUGAUGUACUUCUUUCCUUUGUAACUUCAAGAAAUGAGAGUGCAACAGGUGUCUCAAGGCCAACAGCUAUUCUUGUGUGCCUUUCGGGGAUGAAUGGCAGCACACUCUGGUUUAGUCCCCUCUCAGAGGAGGCCCGAGAUGUUACCUGUUUGGAUUUGAUACCAGAAAGCUUGGCUGAAACCAUCUGCCUUGUGACAGGGACACACAAGAUGCUCAGUGCAUUCAAUGCAUCAUCAGGGAAAACCAUUUGGACUUUGAACCCAAACUACUUGUCCAACGGUACCUUGGCUGCCCCAGUCGUGGUACUGCCAGAUGUGGAUGAAGAUGGCGUCAGAGAUCUUGUGGUUCUGGCCAUUGGCGAAUUGCAGCCAGAUCUGUGCUUUCUGCUGGUGUCUGGCCGGACAGGGAGGCCAGUGGGCCGACCCGUGAAGUACAACAUCGUGGGAGUGGGGAAUCUGAUUGGUCCUCAGGUUUACAUCACAACAAAUGGGGCUGUCUACAUCCUGUUUGGCUUUGGCAAUAUCCAAGCUGUCGCCCUGCGGGACAUUUUUGUUCAGGCCCAAAAUCGAGACAGCAUGCCACCUUCUCUGCAUCUAGAAGAGCCAGAAUGGGAGAAGCGAAGAUCCAUCAACCUGUCUGAGCUCAUUGACAUUUACAGUGAUGGUGUUGAGUUGCUCCAGAUGGUGAAGGCAUCAGAUUCCAACUGCAGCAACCUCCUGAUUACAACCAGACAGGGCCUUGUCCUGCUUCGGGGCCAAGAUCUUACACCUUACUGGACAUUGAGCCUUCAAGGCCUGUGCAGCCAGCCUACCCCUGGGUAUUUCACUGACGAUCAGACCUUAGACUUCCUUCUGCAGAUUCAGGAUGGAGUUGGCAUGAAAAAGAUGAUGGUGGUGGACGGUGACUCUGGCUCUGUUAUUUGGAGUUACAAUGUUCCAUGUCACAUGAAAGAAACACUAGCCACUUCAGCAGUGACUUCCGACCAGAAAUCUGUCUUCCUUUUCUGGGCUGAAGCGCUGUCGGCUGCAUCUCCCAAUUCCGAUAUCAUCCUAGGAACUGAGCCAUCCAGCCUUCACCACCUUUACCUCCUGCAUCCAGCAUUUCCCUCAAUUCUUCUGGAUCUGGCCAAUACCACGGGCACAGUGACAGCUUCAGACAUUGGAAUUAACGACCUCUGGAAAGAUGCCUUCUAUGUUACCAGGACAACAGGGCCCCGCUCCGAAGGCCAUCCAGCACCCUUGGUGGUCAGCAAGCUUAGUCUGCGGUGGGCACUGAUGGAGGGCCAAAUGGUCCAGCUAAAAGAGACCACCCCCAAAAUUGGCCGUGGGGAGCUGCGAAGAUUCCUCUCUAGGAUAAAGUUUGUUGAAUCUCCUUACCAGGUGAAUAGCCUCUGAAAGAACUAUUUGGUUACUAUUGUAGAUUAAGGAUAAAUGCAACCAAGUCCAACUUCACUCUUUAGAAAGUAGGGAGAGUGGGAACGAGUAGCUGGAUAUUAAGACCUAGUUGUUUUGGACCAGCACUAUUUUCCAUGAUUCCUGACCACUAAAAAAUAGUUCUGUUAAUUGUUCUCAGCUGGAAAUACCAUCUCCCUUAGGGUCAUUUGGAAUGCGGGGUCAUAUUUUUUAUCGUCCCAGUGAUGGAGGCGGGUAGAUACUACUGGUACUUUCUGGAUAGGAGCCAUGAUGCUAACAUCAUGCAGGCCUGUGGCAUUUCCAUAUUAAAAAGAAUUAUCCUCUCAAAAUGCUAAUACUUCCUCCUACUCAUCCCACCCCUUCCCCUGAGAAACACUAUGGUCUAGUUUAAAGUUCAAGAGCUUAUAGGAAUGUAUAAAAUCUCUGGACCUUUCUGGAGGGCCAUUUAUAAACAGGAGAAUAUAAAUAUUUAGAGGAAUAUUCUGACCUUUAGGUUUCUUCCAUUUCUUUGAAAAUCUCUACUAUGAAAAAAAUUAAAGUCACUGAUACUUCCACCUUUUUCCCUAGAUCUAGUCUGAUGGAAUCUUCAGUUUCAGACAAAGUGAAUAGAAUGGAUACCCUCUCUCUCCAGUCAGUUCUUUGGAGAGAAGGAAGACUUCAACCUCAUUUUACCACCUCUGGGUGAUUGUUGCACUUUGGAAGGCAUGUUGGAAUUCUUUGAUAACAGCAUGAUCCAUUUGGCUGGGGUAUCUUACCUUUUCAGUCCUUACAUUAACAUCCUCUAGACACUGUGCAGGUAGUUUGGAAAUGUGAAUUUUGUUUAUUUUUGUGUGUGUCUAAUUUAUAAGCUCUUGCUGGGAAAUUCCAGUGAAGUUCUAUAACUAGGAAACACUUUGUUUUGUAUUAUACCAUUUGUGUGUAUUUUUUUUUUUUUUUAAAGUAUAUUGUAGUCCUUGUUAACUGUCCUUUUAUCUGCUAAGCUCCAGGAAUCCAUUUUCUUGCCCCUGUGAAAUACAUCUGGUUUGGUCAUCCUGAGUCUUCUAGAUGGCCUACCUCUGAUUUUGAGAGUCACUCAUUUCUUUCCUUAUUCUCUCCCCACUUGUACUUUGGCCACUUCCCAAUUGUGUGCAGCAGUGAGAGAGACUAGUGUGGGAGACUAGCUAUCUAGCAUUUUCAUCUCUUAAGUAUUCUGCUCCUCAGACUGUCCAUCUAUAUAUAUUUAGUGGCCAUAAGAGUACCCAUAUUUCUACCGCCAAGGAAGCAAGACAAACAUAGUUUAAAAGACCCAACUCUGACAAAGUCCAUAUGUUACUUUAUAUGUGGUUUUGAUUGCUCUGCCAGUCAUGGUCUUUUUUAUUGCAGUAACUUCCAGGAAUGUGUGUGUGCUGUCCCCAUCUUAGAAGAAAACUGAAAGGAACAAGGAGGCUGUUAUCUUUAUCCUUGCUUAAUCCCUAUUCUGUUCUCUCAGCAUCUUUUCCUAUCGGGCAUCCUCCUUACUCCUCUCACUGCUUUUCUUCUAUUCUUGACUUUUACCCUUGCUACUUGAGUGCAGUAUGCAGCCAUUCUGCCCUGCAUAUUUCCUUCCUUGUAAAGCCUUUGAACCAUUGUAUUUUGAGAAAAUUCCUAUGUAAAUACCAUAAUUUUUGUAAAUAGUUAACUUCCUUAGAAUUAUCUCUGGUACUUACUUCGUCCUUCUAUAUAAAUUUGUUACUUCUAAGUUUCCAGGUCAUUGUUUAUAUAGCAGUAAAGCCCACAUUAGUUGGUGGAGAACUGCUUUUCUUCUCAAAAGUUUUGAGAUAGGUCAUCCCUAAGUGCAACUCAAGUCCUCUCCAUUUGGAACAGUAUCUUUCUUUCUAGCUCUUAUUAAUAAAGAGGUUUCAAAAAUUUUUCUCUUUAGCCAAAUAUAAAUAUAUGUUAGUUGCCCAAUGAUAGCCAUUAUGACAUAACUGGAGGUUGGUAGUAAUAGAUCUAAGUAGGCAUGCUGCCUGGCCUGCAGAUGGGCAUAUAGGUUUCUAGGUACUGUUGCCUUAAGCUCCUGAAGGCAAAUUUGGUUUCAGCACUUUGGAAGGCGUGUGUGGGUCCAGCUUAUUACAGACUUUUGGGGAACAAGUUAGAGGAUACCCCAGAGCAUGGGGAUGAAUCCAGGUUCAUUUCUGAGAUUUGAAUCUACUUGGGUAGAAGGGCCUAGAAUCUAGUUUCUUCUAGAAUAGAAUUCUAAACUUAUUUAUACUCGUUGAACACCCCUAACUUGGGUGGUGUCUUGUGGCCUGGGCUGAGCCAUCAAGGUAUAAACCUGGUUCUCUACCAUAUUGAAGUUUUCUGAGAAGCCAGUCCCUCUAGAAGGAGUAAAAUGUAAAGUGGUUUACUGAGGACUUGGUUUGGGGGGAUUUUUGGGGGCAGAAGACUAUGUUCCUGCUGGGUGAGUCCCAGAAAAUAUAUAAGGAAAAGCUAGAAAAACGUAAUGUCCCUGAAUUCUUCAUGGCAUUCUUGCGAGCUAACAACAUAUUGUUUUGACUACAAUAAGUUCACAUCUCUCCUUGCUGGACCCAGUACAACGUCUGGGUUUCUUCUCCUUCUUAUGUUGAGUACAGAAGGUUGCGUGUGAUGGCUGAAGAUUAAAGAAGCUUCAUUUGACCACUGUGGGUGCCAGUUUCUUGUCAAAUGUCUUCAAACUUCCUUUUCCUUGCAGGCAGCCACCUAAUCAGAUAUCCAGGAUAGGAAGUCUCCUUCCUUUCCUCACUCCCAAUAUGAGGCUGCUAGGAAAACUAAUAUAGCCACUACUUAGAAACAGUAAUGACUUGUGCAAAUGCAGGGACCCUCCUCUCCUCUCAGUCUCUCUCCUUUUCUUCCAUUACAAACCUUCUCUUCCACCUCAAACAUCCUCCCCCCCCCCCCAAAUGGUCUCUACUCACGCUUCUGGUGUGGUAUUGUGACACCAACUCCCUUAAAUGUGAAUUUCUAUCCUUAUUGCCCAUAUUAAAGAAGAGCCAGCUGGUAUAUUGCCAGGAAGCACUAUUUAAAAUGUGAAAUGUUACAGAAUAAAUAAAUAUUAUGUACCAGA